GAGUCAGUUUAUAAAACAGCUGCUCUGCUGCUUCUGCUACUUUAAAAUCUAUAAAUAUGCUUCAAGAAUUGCUGCCAGCUGUUGGACAUGGUAUUCAGAUGUCAUUGGUCGCGUUGGACUUGUGUGUAACAGACACCGCAAUGGAAUCCUGUGCCAGUUUACCUCAGAACUCGAGCACUAAGAGUACUCCACUGGGAAUGGGAGAAGCCAAGGAGAGGAAUCCAUGCAUGCUGCAGGGGACUGCUGACCACAAGACAGAAAGAUCUCCUUGUUACUUGCUCACUGUAAGAGUCAUAAGGGCAAGGAAUCUCCUUCGGACAGAUGCCUUAAGCCAGUCUGAUUGCUAUGUAGCCCUGUGGCUGCCGACAGCUUCAGCUGAAAAGUUCCAGACUAAAACCAUCAGCAACUGCAAAGACCCAGUCUGGAAUGAAACCUUCUGCUACAUGAUUCAGAGCCAGGUCAAGAACGUGCUGGAGCUGAGUGUCUGCGAUAAGGAUGAUGUUACCCAGGAUGAUCACCUCUUCACUGUGCGCUUUGAUGUCGCUAAACUUCCACUUGGAGAAAGAGUUCUCAUGUACUUUAAGUCUGAUCCACAGAGAAAUGAGGAGCUGGAGGUGGAAUUCAGACUGGAGAGUAUUUCAGGUCCCUCUGAAACCAUCGUAACUAAUGGAGUUCUAGUGUCUCGCAAAGUCUGCUGUUUAGAAAUUCAAGUGGAUGAGAAGAGGGGAAAGAAAAGGAAGCCUUAUUCACGAAAAAACAUCUCCCUCACAGUGAAAGGGUCCCAUGAAGAGACCCAAGAACUUACACUGGCCUCUGAUCCCAUCAUUUCAGCUUCAAGUCUCACUAAGUUCCACUAUGUUGAGAAUAAGCACCCAGCACUAGAUGUUAUUCUGCCAAAGGAGAAACCAUAUUACUCCUUUCGUACCUGUUCCUAUCAUACGAAGGCAGACUCCCCAUAUGUGGCUCUCAAUUCACUUCCCAUAGGAGAGAAAGUAACAAUAACAGAGGAUAAAAAAUUUGAUUUGAAUGUGAAAGCUACAGACUGCUCAGAAGACCUAGAUGUGCGCUUAGGGUUUGACUUGUGCACACAGGAGCAGGAUUUCCUGUGUAAAAGGAAGAAAUAUGUUGCUGCUGCUCUGAAAAAGGUUCUCCAGUUAGAAGAGGACUUGCAGGAUGACGAGAUUCCUGUAGUGGCAAUCAUGACAACUGGUGGUGGAAUGAGAUCACUGACAACGACGUAUGGCAGUCUAUCAGGUCUCAAGAAGUUAAAUGUCAUAGAUUGUUCUACAUACCUGACUGGCUUGUCUGGUACAACCUGGACUAUGGCAAAUUUGUACAGAGAUGCUAAUUGGUCACAGAAGGAUCUGGAUGAAAAAAUCAAUGAAGCUCGAAAACAUGUGACCAAAUGCAAGCUGGGUUCUUUUUCCAUGGAACGUAUGAAGUAUUAUAACAGGCAGCUACAACAGCGGAAAGAAGAAGGACAUAGGACAUCUUCUAUAGAUCUGUGGGGGCUCAUUGUUGAAUAUUUGUUACAUGAUGGGAAAGACUACCAUAAACUCUCGGAUCAGCGACAGGCAGUGGAUCAGGGCCAGAACCCAUUGCCCAUCUAUGUGGCAAUCAAUGUCAAAGAUGACUAUAGCACUAUGGAUUUCAAAGAAUGGAUGGAAUUCACCCCAUAUGAGGUUGGAAUCAUGAAAUAUGGAGCUUUCAUUCGCUCUGAAGACUUUGGAAGUGAAUUCUUCAUGGGUCGGCUGAUGAAAAGGCUCCCAGAAUCCCGGAUCUGCUACUUGGAAGGCAUGUGGAGUAGUUUAUUUUCCCUGAAUCUGUUAUAUAUCUGGAAUUUGUCUCACACUUCAGAGGACUUUUGGCACAGGUGGACCCGUGACAGAAUAAAUGAUAUCGAGGAAGAGCCUGUCCUCCCUAUGAAGUCACAUGAACAGAAGACUCAAGUAUUCACCUCAGCAGGUCCCUUUUCCCGUGCUCUUCGUGGUGCCAUUACAGAGCGUGUGUCAGUUGCCCAAUACCACAGUUUCCUAAAAGGCCUCCAGCUGCAUAACAACUACCUACAGAAUGACACAUUUUGUAGAUGGAAAGAUACUGUGCUGGACACAUCACCUAAUCAGCUGACUGAAACAGCAGAAUGCCUAUCCCUGGUCGAUACUGGAUUCUUCAUCAAUACCAGCUGCCCUCCACUUUUGAGGCCAGAGAGGAAAGUGGAUGUCAUCCUACAUUUAAAUUAUAGUGCAGGAUCACAGAUACUGCCUCUGGACCAGUCCUAUAAGUACUUCUCAGAACAAGGAAUCCCAUUCCCAAAAGUUGUGCUGAGUGAAGAAGAGAGGAAAAAUUUAAAGGAGUGCUACCUCUUUGAAGAUGCUGAGACUCCAGGGGCUCCUAUAUUGCUAUUUUUCCCACUAGUGAAUGACACCUACCAAAGUUACAAAGCACCUGGGGUGAAGCGCUGCAGUUCAGAGAUGGAGGAAGGCAAAGUUGAUCUUACCAGUCACUUUUCCCCCUAUUCUACAUAUUCAGUCACAUACAAGGAGAAAGAUUAUGAUCAGCUGAUUAAACUGACUGAAUACAACAUCCUGAAUAACAAACACCUGAUUCUUCAAGCCUUGCGUACAGCAUUGGAAAGUAAAAGGCAACAUAAAAAAUAGUCACCAUGGCAAGUGUCUUUUAUCUUCUAGCACAUGGAGAACCACAGCUUUUCUGAAGAUUGGCCAGUUUGACCCUAUUAACUAGCUGUCCCCGAUAAGCAAAGGUCUCCCAAUGGAGUGGCCUUCCUCAUUCCCCCAAUGAAUUUUAUUGCUACAAAAUGAAUUUAGGAGACUAAAGUGCAAUUUGUAGAAAUACAGUACAUGGAUAGUCAUAGACAAAGAGCUGCUGUGGUGAUGGGCAUGUUCUAAAUACCUAAAGAGUGAGUUUAAAAAUGUGUCUAAACUACAGUGUAUAUGCUGGAUUCAAUUCAUAUUUAAAUAACACUAGUUCUGCCUUGUUUUAGUUUAGAAACAACUAGUCAGUGAACUAUUGCCCAUGGGCCAGACUGUGACAUGUUUCACUAAGAUGCACUGUAGGGAAGAGGACUAGGAAUUCUGCCAGUCAAGCCAUUGAAGGCUCAAGGACAAUUACGGUCCCUGUGAGGAGGGGAACACAAGAACUGCUCUCUCUUAGAUACUAAAGUUACAGUCUUAUUUAAUUCCGAGAUAGCUGUAGACCUCCCCCUCAGUGCCUGCAGAGUUAGGCAGCAGCCAUAUACAGAUUUUGUAGAUUGUUGUAGAGCCUAAAACAGGGAUUUAGGUUUGUCUGAGGCUUAAAUUCCUACGUACCUUUGUUCUUCCCCUAGUUCUUGUAACAUGCUUUGGUUAAGUUUACUUUUAACAUCCACUUUUCAUUUGUUUUUUAACAUAUAAACUGAAUGUUCUGCCUGUCUUCAAAGUAUCAGAGGUGCCCUUGUAAUUAUCUGUUAUUUAUGUUUUUAAUCAACAGUUCUAAUUUAAAAUAAACUUAUGU